CCGCAAGUCGUCAUCCCGUCAUCGAUCGACUGGAUCUCAAUCACAACUGACAGGACGCCAUGGCUGCUGAAGCAAGGAAGUCGCCCCAAACGCAAGAAACACUAGCCCCGCCAGUCCUCACUUUGCUCCUGUCACUCAAGGCGGAGCUUCUCAGACUUCACUUCCUCCCCCUAAAGCAAAAGUACGAUGACAGUCUGCGCAACAUCCCAAGAACAGAGCCAAACCCUGCCGCCUACAUUGGUAGGCAAGCCGACUUGUACAACAACAGCCGCAACGCCUGCAAGGAGCGCAUAGCCCGCCAACUCCACGAGCAGAUCGACAAUGUCCUCCUCCAAGCAACGACGGAGCUAGACUCGUGGCUCACAGAAGUGAAGACCCCGGCGAAGGCCGAUGGCCCUAGGGACAUCCGCGAUGCUCCAGGCCAGGGGGCUGCUGUGCCCACGCCAAAGAAAGGUGUGGAGACACGAGAUGGCACCCAGGCAAACACCAUCAAGGAUUUACCUCGCGCACGCUACCAAGCUACAAUCGAAGACGUGCCAGACGCUGGUGACGAGGAGGACUCACUAUUCGUCCCCCAGUCUCCAAGCCCAGGUUCAUCCGGGCUGAGUUCUAUGAGCGGCUUCACCGACAACCUGAUUGCAGAGGACCUCAAGCCGGCGAAACCCGCAGUGGGAGGCGAUCCCAAGGGGAAGGCUCCAGAACAGAAACUCCGCCAGCCGGAAGCUUCUCACCAACCACAGGCUCGGGGACCAGAUACCCAGAGCCCAGCCGACCCCAAGCCAAAGCCUCCACGGCAACAGGAUCGCGUCUCAGUGAGCGCGAAAUAUCGCGACGGGAAAAUCACCUUCACUCCCGCCAAUCCGUCAGCAGGCGCAAAGAGGCCUUCGGCGUCAGUGACAGACUACUUCACGCCCACAAAACAGCCUGCCGCCAAGAAAGCAAAGCACGCGUCCGACGCCGCCGCUCCCAAGCUGCCUCCUAUGGUGCCAAAACCGUAUCUCACAACGAAGAAUACCAUCAGCAUUACCGAGGUCAAUGAGGAUGAAUGCGUGCACCAUUUCGGCCAGCACAAAGGACUGUACGUCCUUCGAUGCAACAAGUUAGCCUGCAAGAACCGGGUCCGGGAACAAGAAGGCGCCGCUCGGAAAGUGUCAAGCCCGCGCAAUCUUGCCAGAAUGACAGUCUACUUCUCUGCCAACCCGCUCGACAGUGACCGCGCUCUUGAUCACUUCAAGGGACGGGGCCACGGAUUGCGCCAGAUGAAAGACAUCUACGAAAAGUACGCUGUCAGAGGUACUCACUGAUGCCAUCGAAGACCGCAAUCUCGGCAACCCUGCGGACAAGACGUCAUGCGUGAGGCUGGGCCCUGUCCAUGGCACCAAUCCGGCCGUUGAAGCCUCAAUCUUGAACCGAUGCUCGUCACCCGAGUUGGGCUCAGUUGGAGCUGGAACGUCGUCCA